AUGACUUCUCCUGCUCCUCUCGCUCGCAAUGAGUCCCAAGCCUCCAGUCGGCGUAGUACCAGUCUCGGCUCUCGCUUGUUUCGAUCAAAGAGCGGCGAAGCCCUAGGUGACCGCAAGACCUCGGCGAGCCGUUUGAAAAAGAAGCAACAGGAGAUGGACGAAGCCGUAAAAGUCACACAGUCGCCUCCUCGCCUGCCAAAUUACAGUCCGCAGCCGUUGGGCAUUCACUCAUUCGGUGGUGAGAACUACAAUCCCAAGAUCGCAUCCAGAGAGCAAACAAACGGCGCGAGGAACACUCCUCCUGUCCCUCCUUUGCCCGGGAACUUGGACAAAGAAGCCGUUGAUCCAUAUGCGAGGACUGAGAGCAUGACCCACCGUGGUCGAUAUUCCUAUGCAAACUCGACUGUGUCUACCAUCAAUUCUCCUCGGAGAGUUCGGCGCCGCAAAGACCCCACCCCUUAUAAUGUCCUCAUCAUCGGCGCUCGAAAUGUCGGCAAGACCUCUUUCCUUAAUUUCCUCAAGAGUUCACUUGCUUUGCCGGCAAGGAAACAAGCGAGUCGAGCUCCCGAUGGCGACACUCCUCCCUCAUCUGCAAGAGCAAAUCCCAACUUCGUCCACCAUUAUCAGGAAAUCGAGGUCGACGGGGAGCGCAUUGGCUUGACAUUGUGGGAUUCUCAAGGGUUGGACAAGGGCGUUGUUGAUCUUCAGUUGAGAGAUAUGAGCAAUUUUGUGGAAAGCAAAUUUGACGAUACCUUCCUGGAAGAGAUGAAGGUUGUCCGCGCCCCAGGCGUCCGAGAUACUCAUAUUCAUUGUGUCUUCUUUGUUCUUGAUCCCGCCCGGCUGGAUGCCAACAUCAACGCUGCUCUGGGUGCCAGCAACGGCGCUGAAACUACGCGAGUCGGCAAGCCAUCUCGCAUUGUCGGCGCUCUCGAUGAGGACUUUGACAUUCAAGUCAUGAAGACGCUGGCCAGUAAAACCACCGUCAUCCCAGUGAUCAGCAAGGCGGAUACCAUCACUACCGCGCACAUGGCAUUUCUGAAGCAAAAGGUCAGCUGGAGUCUGAAGAAGGCUGGUCUUGAUCCUUUGGAAGCUUUGAGUUUUGACGCGGAAGACGAGGACGACGAACGUCUGGACGAGCGCGACGAAGACGAAAACAGCAGCGCCGCAGAUUCAGAGGACCAUUCAGCCCGGAGUGACGAUUCUGAUGCGAAUCGAGACCGAGUAACCGCGAAACGGCCGGGAAACCAUAAACGCCAAGUGUCCACCGAGGAUGCUGUGCUUGACAGUGGCUACGUUCCAUGGUCGAUCCUCAGCCCAGACAAGUACUCUCUUGAAGCAAAGGAUGGCCGCGUUGGUCGACUUUUUCCCUGGGGUUUUGCCGACCCGUACAAUCCCGAACAUUGUGAUUUUGGGAAGCUGAAAGACGCCGUGUUUGGAGAAUGGAGAUCCGAGUUGCGAGAGGCCAGUCGCGAGGUGUUCUACGAACGCUGGAGGACGAACCGUCUCAAUCGCCGAACUCUGCCAGCCAAGGCGGCCAACGGUCUGCCAUCAGGGCCUAGACAGAGCACUGGUGGGAUUCCCAUUCCUCUUCAACCGCGUGCUCGAUAA